ACGAUGGUGCAGCUGCUGGAAACUCUGACGGGUUGUGUGCGACAUAUCUGUACCCUGCAGGAGCCUGUGCCUCUAGAGAAUAUCCGUACCCUUCCUUCUUCCAUUCUUUAUGUAAUCAAAAACACAUUUAUGCACUGCAAGGACAGCGAGUCACUGUACAGUGAGUGCCUGCACUUGAUUUCUGACCUCCUGCAAUCUCUGUUUAAAGAGACCUAUUCUCUUCAAAAGCAGCUUAUGGAGCUGCUUGAUAUGAUCUCUAUGGAAUCUGCUUCUGCUGAGGACAGUAUUGUAGAUAUGGUAUCAGUGAUCCACACUGUGCUGGAGAUCUGCUCUGUCAUUUCCAACAUGGACCAUGCCCUUCAUGCCAACACAUGGAAGUUCAUAAUCAAGCAAAGCCUCAAGCACCAUUCCCUGCUACAGAGCCAUUUGAAACACAAGGACAUCCUCAGUGGCCUGUGCAAGGACACCCUCUUCUCGUUCCAUUCCUGUUUGCAGCUGGCUGAGCAGAUGAAGCUGUCUGGGACACAGGAGACCACUGACUACAAGUUGUUCCAGAGGACAGUCAAACUGUGUAGAUUCUUUGCUAAUUCUCUUGUUCACUACAUCAAGGAAUUUAUUCCUUUCCUCUCUGAUUCCUGCUGUCGAUUACACCAGCUGUAUCUUCAGAUAUAUAGCAAAUUUCCUCCUAGUCUGUAUGCUCCGGUGAUUUCAGAGGCCCAUCGAGAUGAAAUAGCCAGGGUUUUUCUGGUGGCACUGGACCCUCUCAUUCACCAGCUUCUUCCUUUCAGGCCUUUUCUGGAGCAGGUAUUAAGUGAAAAAUUAGAUCUUUCUCCUGAGUUGCAUCUGCCACAGUGUCAUCUUCUGGUUACUGUAAUGGACAAGCUGCCCUCUCAGCCUGAGAAUGUGCAGGCUCUCUGGACCACGGGAAGCCAGUUCUCAGCAGAGGUUCCAAGGCUCUCUUUGUUCUCAGCCCUUUUUCUCGGUUUCCAGCAGUGCUCUGGUGAGCUCUCUCUUCCUGUUUGUUUGCCUGGAGUGAUGGAUAAUGGACAAGCUGAGGUUCCUGUCAGCCUGUAUCACCACUUCUGUGUCCACUUGUGUGCCUUCAUUGCAUCCACACCCCCAUCACACUUUCCUCAGCUGGAGCAUGCUCUGCUGGAUGCAGUCCUUGGUUCUAGUAUGAUCACCUCUCUACUGGCUAUGGAUUCAUGGUGCUUCCUGGCCCGGUAUGGAACGGCUGAAUUGUGUGCUCAUCACGUCUUUGUGAUAGCCCAUUUGAUAAAGUCUUGCCCUGGCGAGUGUUACCAGCUCUCUGUCUUGGGGGUCCUGCUGAGGCGUAUGCUGUUCUUGAUGGCUCCAGACCACCAGGUGGAGUUUACCCAAAAGUUUCCUCCCAAAGAAGCAGAGAACCUGCUCCUGUGGCAGCAUAUUUCUCUCAAGGCCCUAACUCCCGAUCUUAGGAAACAAGUGGCGCACCAGCUCUGUGCGGUGGGGCUCACACAAUGCAGGCAGUGGCUGAGCGGCAGGUGCACUCUGGGAGAACUCCCACCUGUGAACGUUGCUCUCUCUGUCUUGCUGUCUGUGUGCAAUUCUGCUGGCGACACUCUGGAGGCAGGACUACAGGCAGCAGUGUUGGGAGCUACUAGUCAGCUCUGGGCUCUCCUCAAGGGCAAGCAGGUGAGGGAAUUCACUGUUCCAACAAUGUAA